CACACCACCGCCCCUCCACCCCUUUUCCCCAUCCACCCCAUUUUUCCAUCCCGAUGGAUCAAUCACUGGUUCGCGUCGAAACUCAGUUCGCAGACGAACUGCUUACCUCAGGCCGAACACUCCAAUCAUGCGCUGCCUCGCCGUAACCUCGGCGUUGACGAGCUGCCCUGAUCCUUUUCUCCUCAUCUUGGCUCGGACUUGCCCCCGAGAUUGGGUUUCUUAACAGCACUCCUGCUGCUCUCGCUGCUCUCGCUGCCCUCUCUCCCCUCUAUCUGUCCAACCAGACACUUCUGUAGUCCCAUCUUACUGAUCGGCCGCAACCAUGGUCUACACUGCAUCCAUGGCCUUCUUCGAGGCACUGUGGGAGGCCGGGGUCACCCAUGUCUUCGUCAACCUGGGGUCUGAUCACCCCUCCAUCCUCGAAGCCAUGGUCAAGGGUCAGAAGGAAAAGCCCACCGAGUUCCCCAAGAUCGUGACCUGCCCCAACGAGAUGGUGGCGCUGUCCAUGGCUGACGGUUACGCGCGGUUGACUGGCAAGCCCCAGUGUGUCAUCGUCCACGUUGACGUCGGCACGCAAGGCCUUGGGGCAGCCGUCCACAACGCGUCGUGUGGCCGUGCUCCCGUCUUGAUCUUCGCCGGUCUCUCCCCCUACACCCUCGAGGGAGAGAUGCGCGGGUCCCGCACCGAGUACAUCCAUUGGAUCCAAGAUGUGCCCGACCAGAAGCAGAUCGUGUCGCAGUAUUGCCGCUAUUCCGCGGAAAUCCGCUCUGGCAAGAACAUCAAGCAGAUGGUCAACCGCGCCCUGCAGUUCGCGACUAGUGACCCCCAGGGCCCCGUCUACCUCGCGGGGGCGCGAGAGGUCAUGGAGGAGGAGAUCACCCCGUACAUCCUCAACCAGAACCACUGGGUGUCCGUCUCUCCGGCCGCGCUGCCUACGGAGGGCGUCGAGUUGAUCGCCUCCGAGCUGGCGGCCGCCAAAGAGCCCCUGGUCAUCGUAGGCUACUCUGGCCGUAGUGCCCAGAGUGUCAAAGAGCUCGUCACCCUAGCGGACACAUUCAAGGGCCUCCGGGUUCUGGACACCGGGGGUUGUGACAUGUGCUUCCCCGGAGACCACCCAGCCUAUCUGGGAAUGCGCUUCGGCAACCACGACGCCGUUAAAACCGCCGACUUCAUCCUGGUGGCCGACUGCGACGUGCCCUGGAUCCCCACGCUCUGCAAGCCCUCCGACACAGCCCGGAUCAUCCAUGUCGACAUUGACCCCCUCAAGCAGCAGAUCCCCGUCUUCUACAUCCCCAGCAUCGCCACCUACCGGGCUGAAUCGGGAACCGUCUUCAAACAACUCAACGCAUACAUCGCCGCCAACGCCUCCCUCCAACAGACCAUCGCCUCCCCAGAGAAUCUCGCUCGCAGCAAACAGCGCGAAGAGUCUUUCCGUCAGACCCGCCAAGCCAUCGCCGACCUGGCCGCUCCUCCCUCCGGCGGCGCCACCGCCCCCCUCAACGCCUCUUAUAUGAUGGGCCAAGUCCGCCAAAGCUGUCCCGAGGACACCAUCUGGGCCAUUGAAUCCGUCACCCUCACGGGCAUCGUAGCCGACCAGGUCGCCCCCUCGAUCCCCAAAUCAUGGAUCAACUGCGGAGGCGGCGGACUAGGCUGGUCCGGCGGCGGCGCGCUCGGAAUCAAGCUGGCCACAGACCUCGAGCACGGCGGCCCCAACAAAGGCAAAUUCGUCUGCCAGAUCGUCGGUGACGGCACCUACCUUUUCUCCGUCCCGGGCUCCGUCUACUGGGUGGCCCGCCGCUACAACAUCCCCAUCCUGACCAUCGUGCUGAACAACAAGGGCUGGAACGCCCCACGACGCAGCAUGCUCCUCGUCCACCCUAACGGCGACGGCUCCCGUGCCACAAACGAGGAACUGAACAUCUCCUUCGCCCCGACCCCGGAUUACCCCGGCAUUGCCAAGGCCGCGUCCGGCGGCGUCAUCUGGGGGGCCCAGGCUGCUACCGUGGCUGAGCUGCAGGAGCUGCUGCCGCAGGCGAUCGAGACUGUCAAGAAUGGCACCACUGCUGUCCUGGAGGUGCAGCUGAAUGGGACAGAGGGGAAAUAUGUCGCUGAUAAGUGUGCGUGAUUGUGAUUGGACGGGCUUUUCUCUGUCUGCGGUUAGUUGUCUAGCUUGCGUAGAUAGUAUACUAUUCAAUAUAUUAUGGUCCUGAA